GUUUUCAUUUUUUAGUUCCUGCUCCAGAUUUAAUCUGGACAUCUGACCUGCUGUUGCUGCAGACCUUUUGAAUUGAAUAUGUAUGGCCCUCCAGUAGAUCUCUCAUUUAAAGAUCUCAACAAAGUUGCAGAUGCAGUGGCAGAGCAACCUCAAAGUCUUCUUCGCCCCUUAACCACAAAUUCAAAGGGGAAGUACCUGAGCCGCUCUCUGCGUUUCAGUAAUAACAGCCUCACUGACCUUGUUGGCCUCCAGUACACGCUCAGCCACUUUAUCGCACAACCAUCAAAGCUUGGAUGGCUGGAUCUGUCCUUCAACAAAAUCACCUGUAUCGAACCUGUUUUGUGUGAGCUGAAAGAACUGUGUAUUUUGUAUCUUCAUGGGAACAGCAUCUGGGACCUGUCAGAAGUGGACAAGCUGGGAGAGCUCCAGCAUCUGCACACAAUCACAUUACAUGGCAAUGCCAUAGAAACAUGCAAAGGCUACAGGAAUUACGUAAUAUCUGCAUUACCUCAGCUAAAGACAAUGGACUUCAGCGGUGUGACACGAAAUGAGCGGGCCAUGGCAAAUAUCUGGCAUCACCGCACCAAGCGUAGCAAAAACACCAGGGAGAAUGAACUAGACCCAGAUCAAUAAGUCUUUUUGCUGAUGAAUAAAUAAAAA